UCAAUAGCCUAGCAAACUGUUUCAAAAUAUAUACAAAGAUUUCCCAUAUUUCUUAGUUUAGUAUACGAUUUAAUAAUCGAAAUUAGCCGUAAAAAUGGAGCCAUAUCUUCGUGAUGCAGACAAAGUCCAUAUGAAUAAUCGUCGUAUCGACCAAAUUCAUGAGUUGUUGCGUGGUAAACUGACUUUUAACGAAUCUGUGGCUCAAACGGCGGCGGAGGCGAUGAAAAAGGAAAACUUGCAACCCAAGAUUCAGCUGAAUGCGAUUUAUAUGCAGAGACCCAAUCUAGAGAAUUGGUCUAAGGGACCCAUGAGUCCACGACGACCGCUAAUGGAGCGUCUCUGGCAGGUGUUUCAACGCAAUAUACGACCCACAUUGAUUGUGGUGGUGGAUGGGAAGGAAUUCCAUUGCCAUAAUUUGGUAUUGCGAGCCAUUUCGCAUUUCUUUCGGAGUCUUGAGGUGACCGAAAUGAUAGAUUUGCCCUCUCCCAUGGUAACGGGACGUGCGUUUAUCUCCAUUUAUCGAUGGGCCAUCGAACCCUGUGCUGUCAUGGAAUCUGGCCAUUUCAUGGAUGUCCAUCGGGCUGCCCAGUUUUUGCGUUGCGAUCAAUUGGCCGCCUAUAUGUGGCAAAUUGUCGAUCGAGAGUGUCAAAAGUAUCCAGAGAAGUGCGUAUCUCUAUAUCAAAAAGCCAGAUCGAGAUCCAUAGCCAUAGAGAAGACUCUGUUUGAACGUUUGGGACCAUGUUUCUUGCCAAUUGCAGCCAGUAUUGAAUUUUUGCAAAUGAGAGUGGAGAAGGUCAGUCGACUUCUCUGUCUGGACACAAUUGCAGUCAACACGGAAAUGGAGGUUCUAAUGGCUGCCAUUAUGUGGUUAGACUAUCAAUGGCCCAAACGGCAAUCUCAUAUUGUUAAGGUUUUGGCUAGCGUCCGCUUUGAGCUGAUACCAUUUCUUGAUCUCUUGACUCUCAGUCGGCGUACUGAGGGACCGCCUGCCCUGCGUCAGGCCAUGACAAAUAUGGAAAUCAAGGAUCGCAUACAUAUGGCCCUCGAGAAACUUUGCUGCAUGCCAACGAAAUUCCAUGGCGGCUGUUUUGAUGAGAGUUCACGGCUCUGGGCCUAUGAUCCUUGCUGUACCUAUCAUCACACUACGAAGUGCUCCACCGUUCGUUAUUUGACGUACAAUCUGUUUGUACGCUAUUUGAAAUGGCUGCAGAAGGCCGGAACAGCGCAUUGUACACGUUUGAAAUUUGGCACUGAUCUGGAAAUUCUUUGCUGUCCUCCAAAAGCUUACAACUUGUACAAUCGGAGCAAUAAGCGGAAAUAUUUUCGCGGCAAGUAAACGGCAAAGUUGUUGUUGCUGUUGUUAUUAUUGUUGUUGUUGUUGGUACUUACAAAUGAACUGCAAUACAGAUCGUUAUCCUCCUCAA